AUGUCAUCAUCAGCAUCAACAUACGACGCGUUCGUCGCGGAAGACAUCGUCUAUCACAAAGCCUCCACACCCAUCGACGAGAUGCCAUCGUGCACAUCGAUGUUCGACAAAUGGGCGCAAUGCUUUGCGCUCGGCCCGCAGUUGAAAGCUGUCUACCGCUACGGCGGGCUGCAGGACUGCCGCGGCAAGCUGGACGACUUCAAGUACUGCCUGACGCUCAAGGGUAUGACGCAGGAGGAGCGGUACGAGGCGUGGAUUCGACGCAAGGCCGAGAAGACGGCGGAAGCGAGGUUGGGCAAGCAGAGCAGCGAGAAUGUGUGGGAGUUGAGGAGGGAUCCGACCGAAGCGGUGCGGUCGAAAGGCGGACAGAGUGGGAUCAUCAUGUAG